AUGUCCUCUUUUUAUAAUUAUAAUUAUUAUGGAGUUGCAGCUGCUGGAUCAUCCCAACAUGUGUACAAUCUUACGCAAUAUUCCAAUGGAGGAGGGGCUGGUGGUGGUUUGAUGUUUUCAUCACAGCAGCAACAAGGGUAUGAUGAUGGAUCUUCCUAUUCGUAUCAUCAACAAAAUCCAUCAUCAACCUACAGCCAUCAUCAUCCCUCAUAUUAUAAUAAUAAUAAUAAUAUUAGUAAUAAUAAUUAUAAUCAUCAUCAGCAAUAUCAACAACAACAACAAGUUCUGGAUCAAUCCUUCAUCUCUAUUGAUUACUGCAAUGAAAAUGAUUUACAAAAGGAAGUGAAUCAUCAUCAUAACAACCCUCACUCAAGAAAGCAACAACAACAUCAUCAACGGAGAGACUCGUUUGAUUCCUCUUCCUCCACCUCUGUAGCUUCCUCUGUGGCUUCUUCCACAAGAACUGCCAGAAUACCGAGAUCAUCCUUGGAGCAGACAUAUCCUUCGUCCGUGAUGAUGCCGGUGAACCAACCACCACAACAAUCUUCCUCCUAUUAUCAUCCAUCCCAACAACAAUCAUCGCCUCCCAAUGUACCAUCCUCCCCACAACGAAUGGUUCCCUCUCUCAAUACUCAACUCAUUACACAAAAUUAUCAAGCUUACGAAUCGUUAGAGACUGAUUCCUCUGUGGAUGUAUGUCCAGUCAAGGAAGAUCAUAUUUGGAUGAUUGAUAAUUUGGUUACAAUUGAAGAGGCUGAACAAUUAAUAGAUAUCUAUCAGGAUAUUUCCCGAAGAAAGGAAGAGUUAUUGUUGCAACAACAAUUACAAAUUCAAUUGCAAAAGCAACAACAACAAAGAAGCUCGUAUAAUUAUGGAAAUCGAGUGACCUCCUCAUCGUCUAUAUCAUCAAAAUUGUCACGAAAAGGAGUUUCAUCGAAUGAUAAUCUUGCGACUGUGCCUGCAUCGCCUUCAUCAUCGGUUAUGUACACAGCCAAUACAGUACCAACAACUCUUAAUCAUAGCCACAACCACCACUACUACAUGAAUAAUCCUACAAACAUGAAUAAUGAAAACAUACUCAACAUCACUCACAAUAAUUUUGAGCACAGAGUUCAACAUAUCGAGUAUACAAAUGAGGAAUUUGCAAACUUUAUAUUUGAGCAAUUGAAAGAUGUGCUUCCCCAAAAUCAAUCCAGAGUUUUUGGAGAAAAGAUUGGGAGAACAUUUGAAUUGAGUUGUAUUAAUGAAACAUUUAGCAUUUACGAAUUAAGGCCAGGUGAAAAGCUUGAAAAAUCGAAAGGAGAAGACAAGUGUCGAAUUAUUGAAGUUGAGAGUGAAGUCAGCUCAACCACCGCUUCGAGCAUGGAAUCUUCUAGAGCUAUUGGCCAUAACAAUUACAUGACGAGAUAUGGCUCCAACAAUGCUGUACAUUAUACGAGUAUGGGACCCAACAAUGGAGGACAACGUUCCAUUCCAACCACUACUGAGCGAUAUCACGAAAAGAGUUUCCUCACUUGUGUGAUUUGCUUGAAAGGUGUUGUUAACACGGCACAGAACGAGUCCAAUCAACGCUUGUUUGGUAUUAAUUUGUAUGACAUGUCCAAGGAGAGACCUGAACACUUUGUCGUUUUGGACCAUGUCGGUAAGAGUUGCCUCUUCAGUGACAAUGCUCAACUUUUUGAAGUGAUUGAAAAUUUUGGAACGGAAAAUAUUUAUCUUUUAGUGGUCAACGUCAUGUAUAGAUCGCGGAUUUCGUCGAAUCAGCCCAUUUCCUUGAAAUCCUGCGAUUCAACUAGCAUGCUCGAGAAGGAUACUAUCCAAAACAACGUCACACUCGAGGAAAAUCAACAGAAACAACAAUUCUCAGGCUAUACCUCUGAUCCUUAUGGAGAUGAAAAAUAUUUGGACUCUCAAAAUAACAAGAAGAAAUCGAGCGUGAGCAAAUAUGUAUUGUUGGCUUUUGGAACCAGCAUGGUGGUUCUCACAAGUUUAUUUAUUCAGAGUGGACGAGUGAACAAACCCAUUGUUGCCAAACUUCUUUCCAUCAUUUCGAAACAUUUAAAUAUUUAA